CAUUCCCAGGCGAGUGGUGGCUGCUCUCGGGAGCCAUAGUUCUUUCUGGUUUCUACACCCCCAUCGCGCUCAGCUUGCGGAGGGCCGGGCAGGAGAACGCGGAGAACCUGGAGCGCGGCCAGAGAUGGACACGGUGGUCUUUGUGGAUGUGGCUGUGAACUUCACCCGGGAAGAGUGGGCUUUGCUGGAUGGUGCUCAGAGGGAGCUCUACAGAGAAGUGAUGCUGGAGACCUGCCGGAACCUGGUCUCCGUGGGUUAUUAUAGUCAAGUUAAAACCAAUGAGUCACGUUCUCAGAGGAAUAUUUUGGACAACUUAUCCAGUGAAGGGAAAACAGUGAGGUUUAUAAGAAUUGACUCUCAGUCAUUUAUUGGAGAAAACCAGUCAAUGAAUAAUAAUGGAGAUCGGCACCUAACCCAGGAGACUCCUUUUAGAAGUCCUUUGCCAGAGAGUCUCUAUGAAGCUAAUGAAGGUGAUCAAUGUGGAUCCACCCUGAACGAGGUUACAUCUCUUUCUGUGCAUGAGAGAUGCCUAACUAGAGUUAAACCCUUUUCCACUAAGUGUGGAAAAGUCCUGGAAUGUUCCUUCCUUCAGAAUCAGGAAAGAUGUCAAACUGGAUACACACCUUAUCCGUGUGAAAAACGCGGGCAAGCCGGCGGGUGUGUCUCAUGCCUAAGCUCUCAUGUGGGAACAGACCUUGUGGAGAAACCCUGUAUAAUUCAGGAUAGUGAGAGAGUGUGCAAGAAAUACAUGAAGAACCUCAGUGGUAAGAAAUCUUUUUUCCAGUGUAGCAAAUGUGGAAAAGCUUUCAGUUGUUCCUCCUCCCUUCGAGCACAUAGGAGGAUGCACGUUGGAGACAAACCCUGUGAAUGUGACCAGUGUGGCAAAGCCUUUAGGUUUCCUUCAGGCCUGCGUGAACAUGUGAGAAUCCACACCGGAGAGAAGCCAUAUGUGUGUAAAGAGUGUGGGAAAGGAUUCAGGGUUUCCACAGUAUUGCGAGACCAUGUGAAAACGCACAGUGGGGAGAAACCCUACGAAUGUAAGGAGUGUGGGAAAGCCUUCAGCCUUUCGUAUUCUCUUCGAAGCCAUUUGAUAACACACAGUGGGGUGAAAUCCUAUGAAUGUAAGGAGUGUGGAAAGGCCUUCAGUUUUCAGUCCACCCUUCGAAGACAUGAAAUAACACACUCUGGGGAGAAGCCCUAUGAAUGUGAGCAGUGCAGGAAAGCCUUCAAUAAACGCUGCAGUCUUAAGUCACAUUUGCGGACACACACUGGCGAGAAGCCCUAUGAAUGUAAGGUGUGUGGGAAAGCCUUCAGUUUUUCAUGUUCUCUUAGAAGCCAUGUGAGAAUUCACAGUGGGGAGAAACCCUAUGAAUGCAAAGAGUGUGGAAAGGCCUUCACUAUUCAAUCCACCCUUCGAAUGCAUGCGAGAACACACACUGGGGAGAAACCCUAUGAAUGUGAGCAGUGCGGGAAAGCGUUCAGCAAGCGAUGCAGUCUUAAAUCACAUUUGAGAACACACACUGGCGAGAAACCCUAUGAAUGUGAGCAGUGUGGGAAUUCCUUCAGUUUUCUUUCCAACCUUCGAAUGCAUGUGAGAACACACAGUUGGGAGAAACCCUAUGAAUGUGAGCAGUGUGGGAAAGCUUUCAGUCAGCGAUGCAGCCUUAAAACACAUUCGAGAAUACACACUGGGGAGAAACCCUAUGAAUGUCAGCAAUGUGACAAAGCCUUCAGUGGGCCAUCGUCCCUUUACAGACAUGUGGGAAGGCACCGGAGGGAGACCCCUAUGAAUGUCAGCAAUGUGGCCAACCUUUCAGGUUUCACUACUCCCUUAAAGAACAUGAGAACACAGAGUGGGGGAGAGCAUACAAAUAACAGCAGUGUAGGAAAAGUUUAAAUUGUCAGUCUUCCCUUAAAGUACACGUGAGAAUGCACAAGGGGGGGAUCCUUAUGAAUGUGGGAAAUGUGGGAAAGCCUUCAGUCAUUAUAUCUCCCUUUGGAAACAUGCAGAAACACACCGUGGGGAGAAACUUGAGUGUCAGCAAGAAGGAAAAAGCUUUAGGUGUUCUGCAAUCUGCACACUCAUAAAGGAACACAUACCAGAGCCCAAUUUUGGGACACAAGUACUGGGAAACUUUCAGUGUUCCUUAAAACAAUAUGAACCUUACACCUGAAACUAAUAAUAUAAAUAAAUAAAUAAAUAAAAACUGCCAUCUGAAAAAAAACAAUAUGAAUCUUAAGUGACAACAGAGAACUACCCAUGAAUAUAAAGAAUGUGGGAAGUUUUUCGCUUGCAUCUUACCUGAAAGCUAAGAGCAGGAUGUACAUCUUUUACAUGUUACAAAUAUGGUUUGGUUUGUAUAAUUCUCAUUUUUGUUUAAUAUGUCAGUAGUGAUCACAGUAUACUAAUUUCUAGUUCAUGUUUUGAUAUGAACACUUGAGGUCAUAAAUAUCUGUCUCCUUCAUCUCUACUACACAUUUUAACAUCUCAGAUUUGAAAUAAUUAUACAGUUAUAUAAAACUUGUCUUAUUUGCUUUACAGUGUCUUUUCAAACCAUGGGUAAUGAGUAGGUUUCUUUAUAUGAAGCUUGAUUAAAUUUUACAGGAAAAGUUUUGUGACUGUUUCUUUUUAUUAUGUUUUUGUAAGUGACCAUGGUAGACACUUGAAUUGUUGAAGUUUUUCUUUCAGUCCACAGCUGUACAUACUGGAAUUUUCUGACUCAGUAUCUACCUUUUCCUUCUGUCUUACUGAAACAUGUAAUGUCCACAUUCGUUUGUUUUCUGUAGAUAGCACAUCUGUGUUUGUUAUUUGCUGGUAAUUUGAUAUGAUGCCUUGAGUUACAACUAGAGAUUUUGUAGUGUGAUGAAGAAAGCUCAUAUCCAAGUCGUUCCACUGAAUUGUUCUGUCAAUGUGGGGGAGGUCAUAAGUUUUAUCCCAGAGUCCUUGUAAUUAUGCUUCAGAGGUCACGAGAAGAGGAAGUUGCAUGAGGUUGGAAGCUGAAAUGAAGAAGCCGUGAUUCUCAGUUUUUAACCAUCAGGAGACAAGAUGCAUGAGAACCCAGUGGGCCUGAGUCACGGCACAUUUUUCUGACUGCUGGUUCUGCCCAUCUGGAAUAUUAGAAACCAAAUACACGUUUGAUGUUAGUUACCUCUGAGGCAGCAGAUUCCUUAGACUUUUCCAUGAGCUCUUUCCAUGAGCUCUUUUCCACAAUUCUCUUUCGGGUUCACUAUAUUUUUUGUAGCACAUUGAUGUCCAUCAGGUGUGUUUGUCAUGGUAUUGCUCUGAGCGACCUGCUCUCAUACUGUCACCUCUCCAUCUCCAACACUUCUCUUAAUUACAUGAUUUCUGUAGGAAGCAUGUUGUUCCUUUAUAAUCUUUUCCCAGCCUCCACCUGGACACAUUCAAUGCUGCAGCAAAAUGCAGGAAACUACCUACCUGGGUUACACUAUGGAAAGGCAGGACUACCCUGCAUUAAUUGGUUUUGGAAACUUCCAUGACUGAAAUAAACUAUUAUGAAUAUA